AUGCUGUACGCCGAGAGCGAAAAGGUGCUCUGCUACCAUGGCCCGCUCAUCUACCUGGCCAAGAUCCUCAAGGCCGAAAAGUGGACGGGCGACGACAACGCGACCCACCAAGUAGGACCGCACUACCUCGUCCACUACGACGGCUGGAAGAAGACGUGGGACGAGUGGGUGCCCGAGUCGCGCCUGCUCAAGCACAACGACGAGAACUUGGCCAAAAAGGCGGGGCUCGAGGUGGCCGCCAAGGCCGGGUCCCUCACGGCCUCGGGCGCCGCCUCGGAGACCAAGGCGACCAAGGAGACGAAGAAGGGCGCGGGGGCGGCGGCGGCCUCUGCGAGCGCGGCGGGUGGCGACGGGUCCGAGCGCAAGUCGACGGCGGCAAGAGGGACAAAACGAGGCCGAGAGGCCGAGCACGAAGACGAGUACAUCAAGCGCCCCGAGAUCAAGAUCCCGAUACCGGACGUGCUCAAGGUGCAGCUCGUCGAUGACUGGGAGAACGUGACCAAGCACGAGCAGCUCGUCAGGCUGCCACGGAAGCCGUGCGUCAACGACAUCCUCGAAGACUACAAGGCGCACUACCUGGCAAACAAGAAGGAAAACAAGAGAUCACCACAGGUGCUCGACGAGGUGCUCAAGGGCCUCAAGCUCUACUUUGACCGCUCGCUGGGCCAGAACCUGCUCUACAAGCUCGAACGGGCGCAGCUGGCCAAGUACCGCCUCGACCACGGGCCCAAGAUGGGCGACGGCGACAUCUCGUCGUCGCCAUCGGCCGCGGCGGCUGGAGGCGCCGCGCAUGGCAACUCCAACAGCAGCGGUGGUGGUGCUGCUCGUAGCGGCGCAGCGUCAGCGACGACGGGCAGCGCGGCGGCGGUCAACGGCGAUGCGCUCGAGCCGAGCAACAUCUACGGCGCAGAACACCUGCUCCGCCUCUUUGUCAACCUGCCCAUGAUUAUUGUGCACACCUCGAUGGACGCCGAGAGCAUCGCGGUGCUCAAGGAGCACCUGGCUGAGUUCCUGUCGUACAUGGUCAAGGAGAAGCAGCGUCUGUUCACCCGCGACUACGAGACGGCCACGGCGUCGCAGCAACGUCUUAGUGCCACGUAG